AUGCAACCAAAAAAAAAGAAAGGUAAAAUGCUUUUACUCAAAGCUGCUCAUAACAGUGCGCUAUGUGAAAAAAGAAAUCAACUACAUCAGAGCAAAACUUCAAGUCUCAACAUGAGCCAAACAAAUGAAGAAAUCAGCAAAUCGGAAGAUUAUUCGACUAGCUACAAUCCGACAAUGGUCGCUCAAACUAAUUCGAUAACGAAAAAACAAAAUAAAGAAACUCUGUUAUUAUGUAAGGAAAUAACUGUAUUUAACCCAUUAUUGCCAGAACGAAAGAAAGAAGCCUUGGCAUUAUUUGAUAUUGGGUCACAGUUAUCGUUCAUAUCAAAGGAACUAGUUCAACGACUAGACUUAAUAGAAACUGAUGAACAAGAAUUAAGAUUAGCUCCUUUCGGCAUUAAAAAUCCUAAGCCACGCAUAAUCACUCAAACUCAACUUAAUGUAAAAAUAGAUGCAGAUGAGACUAUCCAAUUACGCGCCAGUGUAAUCGAAUAUUUAACUAAUGAAUUACAUGUUGUCAAAAUACCAAUAGCCAACCACACAAUGAGACUAAAAUUAUUGGAAACGACCUGA